AAACAAUACUGCCACAUUACAUAUCAUUAAGGCUGAAGAACACCACAGUGGAAGUUAUAUUUGUCAGGCAAAAAAUGAUGCUGGAACAGCAAAGUGUUUCGCCACAUUGGCUGUAAUGGGUUAGUAGGAAAUUGUAAAUAGAAAUACAGUAUUGCCCAGAAAUUAUUGAUUUCAGAUUCAGGCCAUUUACUUUUCAUAGUAAAAUUGUUGUUAUUUUCUUAAAGAAUUUUAUGAAUAUUAAAGUAAUAUAUGUAAUAAGACCAUAGGAUAUAGGAGCACAAUUAGGCCACUUAAUCCAUCGAGUGUGUUCCGCUAUUUCAUCAUGGCCGAUCCAUUAUUCCUCUCAGCUCCAAUCUCCUGCUUCUCCCCGUAUCCCUUCAUGCCCUGACUAAUCAAGAAUCUAUCAACCUUCAUAAAGACUUGGCUUCCACAGCUGCCCGUGGCAACGAAUUCCACAGAUUCACCAGUCCCUGGCUAAAGAAGUUCCUUCUCAUCUCAGUUCUAAAAGGAUGCCCCUCUAUUCUGAGCCUGUGUCCUCUGGUGCUUGAUAUUAUGGUUGAUUAUGGGAACUUUUUCCUUCUUGAGAAGUCAUUGUAGGGGUUGCUUAGUAAUAUUUAGAAUGUAAGCCCUUCUGCUUGUCUCCAACAAGCUGUAUGCAAAUCCUUUGAAAAGAAUUUCCAGUUAAAUAGUUUGUUAUUUUAUCCAUUUUCACUCACUGUCUAUUUUGUGAGGCACUGCAAGCUGAACAGAGAUUUCUAAACUUAUUGCAAGGAAUACAUUCAGCAAACAUGUAGUAGAAAUAUUUAUUACAGUAAUAUAUUUUAGAUUUGAAACUGUCAAUUAAGUAAAACAAAACAAGUGACAUCUGUUAACUGCAAAAUCUACUAUCAAUCCUGACAUAAAUAUUGUAUAAUUUGUGAUGUAAAUAAUGUACCUUUCCACAGAACCUGCAAAUAUUAUAGAAAAAACUGAGCCACUCACAGUGACUUCAGGAAAUCCUGCUAUUCUGGAAUGUACAGUAGCUGGAACACCAGUAUUAAAUGUUGCAUGGUUCAAAAAUGGAAAGCAGCUAGAAUCAAACAGAAGAUGUAAAUUAACUUUUGUGAAUAAGGUGGCCAGUCUAAAAAUUUUGUCUGUUGAAAUGAACGACAGUGGAGACUAUACUUUUGAAGUCCAGAAUGAGUUUGGAGUCAACAAAUGUAAUAUUUCUUUGACCGUGAUAGAACAAAUAAUUCCUCCAUUGGUUACAAGGAAGCUAAAGGACGUUGGCAGUAUUUUAGGGUAUUUUGUGCGAAUGGAAUGCAAAGUUUCUGGUUCUAUUCCAAUGAGGAUUACUUGGUACAAAGAGGAUCAAGAAAUAUCAGCUAGUGACAAAUACAAGAUGCUAUUUCAAGAAAACACUGUCUCUUUAGAAGUCAAUGAGUUAGAUUUUUCAGAUGGUGGAAUUUACACUUGCAAAGUAGCAAAUUCAGCAGGAAAGGAUGAAUGCAGCGCUGUGUUAAGUAUAAAAGAACCCCCACGUUUUACAGAUAAAAUAAUGUCCCAGGAUGUUGUACUCGGUUCUACAGUGCAAUUUAGGGGUGUUGUGAAAGGAAGCAUACCAUUAUCCACAAAAUGGUUCAAAGGAGACAGAGAAUUGAUGCAUGGUACAAUGUAUAAUAUUUGGAAUGAAGGCUCAAUGUAUUUUCUAGAAUUGGUCUCAACUAAGAUAUCUGAUGCGGGUAGAUACACUUGCCAAGUUAGCAACGAUGUUGGUACAGAUGCCUGUUCUGCCGAACUGUUUGUUAAAGAACCUCCAAGCUUCAUUAAAAAGCUGCACUCCCCAACAAUCCUAAAGGAAGGUGUCUCAGCACGUUUUGAAUGCAGUAUAAGGGGCACACCUAACAUUAAAGUUACCUGGUACAAAAAUGGUGAUGAAAUUAUAGUCAGUGAAAAGUUUCUGAUGUCUUUUGAUGGCGCUGUGGCAGUUCUUGAGAUUAUUGAUGUGAUUCCGGAAGACAGUGCAUGCUACAUCUGUGAGGCACAAAAUGAAGCUGGCAGUGAGAGCUGCGGCACUGAAGUUGAAGUUAAAGGUCUGUAGUAAUGUCUUUUAUUCAAUAAGACUAUAUAUGUUUUACUUUCUUGAGCAGGGAUUUUGAUAGCUUCUGUAUUUUUAUUCAUUUAGAUAUUUUUACUGUGAUUACU